AUGGACUUCAUGAAACCAGAAACUGUAUUAGACUUGGCAAAUAUACGUCAAGGUCUAGUCCGGAUGGAGGACACUAUUGUGUUUGAUUUGAUUGAACGUUCACAAUUCUUCAGCUCACCAUCAGUGUAUGAAAAAAACAAGUUUUCCAUUCCUAAUUUUGACGGCACAUUUCUCGAUUGGGCAUUGUUGCAAAUGGAAAUUGCUCAUUCGCAGAUCAGACGAUAUGAAGCACCCGAUGAGACUCCAUUUUUUCCUAAUCUGAUCAAAGCGCCUAUACUACCACCUAUCAACUACCCCAAAAUAUUGGCCAGUUAUUCUGAUGAAAUCAAUGUCAAUGAUGAGAUCAUGAAGUUCUAUGUCGAGGAUAUAGUUCCAAAAGUCAGUUGCAAAAAAGGUGACCAAUUAGAGAACUUGGGAUCAGCAUCGACCUGUGAUAUUGAGUGUUUGCAAGCAAUAUCUAGGAGAAUCCAUUUCGGAAAAUUUGUUGCAGAGGCGAAGUACGUCAACGAUAAGCCAUUAUACAUUAAACUAAUACUUGCGAGAGAUGUCAAGGGAAUCGAGGAAUCUAUAACAAACAGUGCUGUUGAAGCUAAGAUUUUGGAGCGAUUGGUAGUCAAGGCGGAGAGCUAUGGCGUUGAUCCAAGUUUGAAAUAUGGUACUAAUGUGCAAAGCAAAGUCAAACCCGAGGUUAUUGCUCAAUUGUAUAAAAAAUGGAUCAUUCCAUUGACAAAGAAAGUGGAAGUAGAUUACUUGUUGAGAAGGUUGGAAGAUGAGGAUCCAAAAGUGGUUGAUAAAUAUAAAUGA